ACAAUGGACGCCAUUCAGAAUGCUCUGCCGUACUAUACGGCACCCACUUCAAUUUUCUUCAACUCCAUUUUGAUCCUUCUUAUCAUUCUCCGAUCUCCACCCCAAAUGGGCAACUAUAAGUACUUGCUGAUAGGAGUUUCACUAUUUGAAUUUUCUAAUUUUCCAGACAAUAUUUAACAUUGGGCCAUCAUUUAUAGUAGUUGUUCCUCAUAAAGAUCGAUUUUUCGGGAAAAACGUUUCAAUGAUCUUUACAGGCACGUACUGCGGAUUCUUUGGAUUUUCCAUGGGAAUGUUUGUCAUUGUCUUUGCCUACCGAUCCUUCGUCGCAACCGGAAACAAGAUUCUCAAAAAAUUCAAAAACUUCGAAAUCGUGACCUGGUUUGCAUUGCCCUUUGCCUACGGAGUAGCCUAUGCACUGGGUACUUAUUUUCUGUAUCCCAAUUCUCCAGAAAUGGAUGUUCUUGCCAGAGAAUUCAUGCGUAAUGAGAAGAAUUUGUCGUUGGACGAGUUUUCCUACACAGGGCCCUUAUUUUACUCACCAGUUGACGGAUCGUUGAUUCACAAAUCUCUUGCAGCUGCAUCUGUCUUGUGCGUGCUUCAGACAAUAUCCUUUAUCCUUAUCGUAUAUUUCGGUAUCCAGUGUUACUCUUACAUAUCAAAAAUCUCUCAAAUCGCCACAACAAAAUCAAACAAGGUGAAAAGGUUACAGCAGCAGUUGUUUGCUGCUUUAGUUCUCCAGGCUCUGGUCCCACUCAUCCUGAUGCACAUUCCAUUUUGCAUUCUUUACACGCUAUGCCUCUUGAAAAAGAGCUAUCGAUCAGCAAUCAUUGGUAUUAAAUAUCAUGUAAAAGUU